CGUCCCUGUAGAUAAUAAAUGCGAUAAUUCUUGUGCCCGUCUUAUCUUCUCUAUGCAUCCCAGGCAGCCAAGGCGGAAAUCUCUGAGGGCGCGUGGACCACACGCUGCCGGUGCAGAAAGUACACCGCUUGGCGGGAUUGCGGCGGUCAGUGCUGCAGCCGGUCUCGACGGUGGGUCAGACGCGGACUGUAAAUCAGAUUCGGCGGUGCCAAAGGUGCCCACAGACCACCACGAAGAAUCGGAGGACGACAUGGAGUGGGAAGAAGUAGAGCUUCAUGGGCCUCUUCCACCUCUUUCAGCACAAGAACAGGCUGUACCUGGCGUCUCAACACCCAUUGAGAUAACUAUAGGUCGCCAAAGGGGGAGUAGGGAGGAAGUCCGAAAGAGGGCAGCUCUCAACUUGGAGCGCUAUCACCGACUCGAAGCUCAUAAAUUACACACAGUCUCGCUCCUGGCUAGCUCACGUAUCCGAAAUCGUUGGUUAAAUGACCCACUGUUGGAGGGACGUUUGCUCUCUCUGACGCCGCUCCAUUUGCAGAAUGCGUUCACAGCAAUAUCCAAACGAAAUCAACCGGAUGCGAUACGGAGAGGACGGAUGUUUGAGACCGCCAUCAUUCGAUUGAGCGCUUGGUGGUGUUCUAUGUUCGAAAUCGAAGACGGUAAAGGCAUACGCAGCAGAACCUGGGAUGAGGUUCAAAUGCUCAGCAAAGAGUCAACAUCCGAUCCAAAAGACAAGCACCGAGAAACGACAGAAGAUGACGACAUGAUAAGAUCAUCAAAGAGUCUCAUGAAGCAUGCACUAAUGAUGAAAGGUUCCCGCGACAUCUCGGCCCAGUUGUUCACUGCGCUCGUCCGGGCACUUGGGGUCCCAGCAAGGCUCGUGACGAGUCUGCAAAGCGUCCCAUGGCAAAGUUUGAAAAAGAGUCCAGGAAGCAUCACACCUAAGUCCUCCCGGAACAAUUACCCGGACGCCAUCAACAUCUCCCUAACAUCUGUCUCGCCACCAGAUUGGCCAACUCUGGAUAACGAUGGUCCCGGGCGCGUGAAAGGCAAACGACAAAUGACAAGGGACUCGAAGAGCCGGACAUCGUCUGCAGUUACUGACUCGAUUCUACUGACAACUGAACGUGCUGAACUUUCCGAAAUGCCCAUCUUUUGGACAGAAGUGUUUUCACGUCCGGAUCAACGAUGGUUGCCUGUCGAUCCCGUUCGAGACUUGGUCAACACAAAACGAAGAUUUGAACCGGAGAGCACGGAUAUGAGGAACAGGAUGGUGUAUGUGGUUGCUUACGAGGAGGAUGGGUUCGCAAGAGAUGUUACACCAAGGUAUACGAGGCAAUUUGGUGCAAGAGUAAUGAAAAUGCGUCCACCCACUCGCCCAGGUUCUGAUUGGUGGGAAGAGCUAAUGCAGCCUCUCACGCGACCGUAUCGCUUGCACCGAGAUGACAUCGAAGACGCAGAGCUCCAGGCAAAUCAAUCUGCAGAGGGGAUGCCCAACUCUAUUGCCGCGUUUAAAAGUCAUCCGCUUUAUGCACUGGAACGGCACAUGCGGAGAGAAGAAAUCAUUCAUCCCCGAACACAACUCGGCACGUUCAGAGGUGAACCCGUUUUUGCCCGCAAGUCCGUGGUUGCUCUGAAAACCGCUGAGAAUUGGAUGCGACAAGGCAGAAAGGUGAAGGAAACUGAAAAUCCUCUCAAGUCUGUCAAGCAGAGAUCUGUUACCUUGGAGAAACGCCGUGCUCAGGAGAUGACUGCACAGGAAGGGGAAGAGCCCACACAAGGCCUCUACGCCAAAUGGCAGACGGAGUUAUUCCGUCCCGCCCCUGUCAUUAACGGCCAUGUUCCCCGAAAUGCAUUUGGCAAUAUUGAUUUAUAUGUACCCUCAAUGCUUCCUCAAGGGGCUGUCCAUCUACCGUACAGAGGUAUCGGAAAAGUUGCCAAGAACCUAGGCUUUGACUAUGCUGAAGCUGUCGUCGGGUUUGACUUCAGAAAACGUCGUGCUGUGCCUCGUUUGGAGGGUAUCGUCGUAGCUGCUGAAAAUGAGGAGCCUCUGCUCGAGGCAUAUUGGGAGACCGCCCACAUUGAAGAGGAGCAGGCCCGAAGUAGAAGAUAUGACAUGGCGCUAAAACGCUGGCUCCGACUGCUACACGGUCUUCGUAUCCGACAAAGGCUCCAAGCUCAGUAUGCGACCACCCCGAAGGAUAGAUCAGAUCAUGUUGCGCUUGAGGACGAAGAUGAGGAUCGACACGUGGAUGCAGGCGGCUUCUUGACGUCAAUACGAAGUACGAUAGAACCGUAUCAUCUUCCCAAAGCCGUUUCAUAUAUACCCGCAAAUCAAGUCACUUUCAAAGACAACUUCGACGACCUGCAACAUGGAACCGAUCUCAACAUAUUAAUUGACGAUCUUGCUGGAACAGCCACUAUACCAAAGUCGCCAAUUUCAGCCACUAUGGCCCCCUCAUUCUCUCAUGAUGAUGAUGAUGAUGAUGAUGACGACGACGAUGAUGCUAACAAUGACGGUGGUGGCAGCAAAGAACAUGCAGUGUCUGGAUUAGGACACCCUCUGAAGACAAUGGCUCAAAUUGCUGCCGAACAGAUGCAUUCCGAUCCAGCCCUUGCGAAGGUCCAUAAUGGUGGCUGCCGCGGCGUCCUACAUUCCAACAGAAUCGAUGGGACUACAGGAGACCACAAUGAGAAUGUAUCACUGUCGGUCCCUAAACGAACGCAAACACCUAAUGUCCCAGCGUUAGAAGUCUCCUCGGCCAUUCCUAUCCGAUCAAGGUCCAGGUCACGAAAGACGCACGUCACGCUGCCACCACCGACUAGAGUGCUGCGGCCUCGCAGACAGAAGACUGCUGAUGCUCUUCAGACGGAGCAGGAGAUGAAUGAAGCUUUCAGACAAGCUACAGAAGAGAGCAACGAUGAAAACUAGACAUGCUAUUCUAGUCUCAGGUGUCUAAGCUCUAAAGAAGUUGUUAUCUAUCUUCUCAUCCGGGUCUGUGUGCUAAUCUUCGCGGACGGCUGCGACUGGCAGGAGUGUUGCGAAUGUCAAAUAUGAGGUGUGACCCCGAACUUCUUGAGAGGCCUUGGCCACAGUGAUUAAGUCACCCGAAGGCUGUAUACCAGUCUGUCCGUUUUGAUUAGGCUUGGCGGAUUGAGAUGUCAUGCCGUCAGUUGAAUUGGAAGACUCGUGAGGGAAGUCUACCUCUUCCCGCUUUCUCUUUUGACCACUGACGGCAGCUUCGACCUGCCUCAGGCGACGAGCUUCCUUUUGGAGCUCUCCUAUUUUCAGUUUUUCUGUCACAGUGUCGGCUGAUUGCAGGAGGAGCUGCUGUGGCUCGGAGGGUCUUAGCAGUGUUUCGUACAUUGUUACAUCACUAAAACUCGCUUCGUUCAGGGCUGCCACAGUACGGAGAACUUGUUCCAUGCAGGGACUGAAGCAGCAUAUCCGAGCCACUCGAUCUUUCUUCAGCGCUGUGCGAGCAUAUGGGAUGGCAUCCCACGGUGCAGGGAGAUCAAGGAAGACAGCAUCGGCAACGUCCUGCAGCCCGAAACCCUCUUUGCAAACAUUUCUAUGACAUAUGUUGAUAAUAUCUGAUAACCCAUGGGACUCGAAUUCCUGCACAGCUCGAUUGACCCGACUUUCGUGGAACUCGAACGUGUGUAGCGAUCCUCCAUGACCCACCGUACGGGCCAAAGAGUGAGAGAAAGAGCCUGAACCAGUUCCAGCUUCAAUGACAAAGCUGCCGGGUCGGAGACAAAGUGCAGCAGUAAUGAAUGCGAUGUCGGCGACAUAUAGUAUUUGGGUGCGAUGAGGCAGC